CGAUCACGGCCAAAAUGUAUUUAAAAAAAAGAAAGCUAUGAUAAUUGUCAUCGCCAUCACGCGGUUCGUCCGUGAGCAUGUACUGUUCGCGUGGAGCAAUGCGACGACAAUUGAGUUUGAGACGAUCCGAGGUUCAAUCAUCAGUCACAAUAGCACUCCUGUUCAUCCUUCGGGGUGCCUUCGGCCCACCAAUUUGGAGCGAUUUGCUGUCCGCCAUGUGGAAAGCAGGCAAAUGGCGUUGGUGUCGAGCGCCCGAAGGUUCAUCCUACUCGACCACCGCAGCACAAGGGUGUCUGCUUAGGAUCCAUGGGGAACCACAGCUUGCCUCUCGGUAUCCGUGUCCGUUCUCAGAGUCUUACCCGUCUCAUUCAUCAAUUUGCUUCCUCUUGAAGAAAUCAGCACUCGUCUCCGUCAAAUAUGAAGAUCUUCGCGCACUCUUUCGCCGUUGUCGCCCUCCUCGUUGCUGCAGUAAACGGGUUCGACGUUUACCAAAACGACUACACCCAGCAAUCUGAGGCGAGCGAGGUGGGCCAGGUGUCUCCGGCGAGCCAAGUGAGCGAUGAUUCCCCGAGUCAGGUGGACCCGGUGCAGCAAGAUAACGGCUGUACGCUGUCUGGUAGCUACGUGCAGGGUACCAACGUCUCGCAUUGCAACACUGUUAUCAUUGACUCGCUUUCCGUGCCCGCUGGUGUGACGCUCGACCUGUCCAACUUGACGAGUGGUGCUCACAUUCAUUUCCAGGGCACCACGACAUUCGGCCAAAAGCUUUGGGAUGGCCCGCUUUUGAAGCUAAAGGGAACCGACCUCUCAGUCACCGGUCCCGGCACUCUGGAUGGCCAGGGAUCCUGGUAUUGGCCGCACGGACAAAACGUCACUAAGCCCGUCUUCUUCAAAAUGAAUCGCGUCAUCAACUCGACGCUCUCGGGAUUCAACUUAAUCAACGUUCCCUACCGCACCUUCAGUAUUGGCAACUCGAACUACACGACCAUCACUGGACUCACGCUGAACUCCACCGCGGGUAACGGCAUCGCGAAGAACACGGACGGCUUUGAUCUCAGCAAGAAUGACCACUUCACCAUCACUGGCAACCGGAUCUACAACCAGGAUGACUGUCUUGCCAUGCAGUCCAGUACGAACACGGUCUUCAGUAACAACUACUGUAGCGGUGGUCACGGUAUUUCGAUCGGCUCUUUGGGUGGUGACAAGCAGGACUCGUCAACCACAGUAGCAGGUCUUCUGGUCAAGGGCAACACGAUCGUGAAUAGUGAUAACGGUAUCCGAAUCAAGACUAUCAUCGGACUUCAGGGGUUGGUUACGGACGCUUCGUACAUUGACAACAAGCUGGUCAACGUCAAGAAUGCAAUUGUCAUGCAUUCAGACUACAACAAAACCAAGGGCGGGUACUCUGGGAUUCCCACUAGCCUUGUUAACAUCACGAACAUCAAGAUCGACGGGCUGUCUGGAUCCGCAACGAACCUCUACGACGUUGUGGUGAACCCGGACGUGGUGUCCAACUGGGAAUUCAAUAACAUCGCCGUGAACGCCACGAACGUCGGUCAAUGCAAUGGCGGACCGAGCAACGUACAGUGCUAAUGCAACGAACCCCUUUCGAGCAUGUAUCCAUGGGUUUUUGCCGUAAACAAUCAUGCCAUGGGUGUCCAAAUUCCGGGCCAAAGAGGGGCUAAAGAAUUUUCGCAUUGGCCAACGGAACACAACGAACUGGUGGCAAUAAGAAAUGAAAAAGAAUUGUCAAUCUCUUGGCUCCUAAAGGAUGAUUCAUAUUUUCCUAGUACAUCCGUGAAGCAACGUGGAGCGCAAGAACAUUGUGCCUAGUAAAUGAACCUAUCUACAUACGACGGACGGUGAC